AUGGAUAGUGGAAAUGCUUUUGAUCAAAUUGCACCAAGCUAUGCAACUUCAUCUUGUUCUGCGCUUCAAUGUGACAUUUUUAUUAAUCAUCGGGGAGUCGAUGUGAAACACAAAAUUGCUAGCACAUCCUUCCAUACACUUGAUCUGUUGGGAUUGCGGGCAUUUCUCGAUGUAGAAGUAAUUGAGGCCGGCGAUGUCAUUCCCCUAGAGAUACAAGCAGCAAUAACUCAUGCAUCCCUUCAUAUUGCAAUUUUUUCCCCCAACUAUGCCCAAUCCCCCUGGUGUUUGGCUGAGCUAUCCUUCAUGCUCAAAACAGGCACAAAAAUAAUUCCCAUUUUCUAUUAUGUUGACCCCUCUGACCUUAGAUGGAUUACUCAGGGGAAAGGAAUCUAUGCAGAUGCAUUCUCACAGCAUGAAAAGAAGGGUAGAUACACGCCAGAGAAGCUUCAAGAGUGGAUGAAAGCGCUCCACGACGUGUCAUUUCUCGAGGCUCAUAAAAUUAAUGAUUACAGCGGGGAUGAGGGAAGGGUGUUGAAGAAUGUAGUAAAUUGUUUAGUAAAAGCCAUGAAAAGAGUUCCAUUAGAGGUAGCCAAAUAUCCUGUUGGAAUGGACGAGGUUGUAACAAACUUCGAGAGAAAUGCAGUCCAAUCUGCGCAGAAACACCACAAUGUAAAAAUUCAGGGGAUUGUGGGCAUGGGAGGCAGUGGCAAAACCACGUUGGCGAAAGAGCUGUUCAAUAGGAAAAGCUCAUCGUUUGAAAGGAGCAGUUUUAUUUUUGAUAUCCGUGGAGCAGCGCAAAAUGAUUUGCACAACAAGCAAAAAAAACUUCUCCAGGAUCUUCUCCAUAUCUCGGAUUUGUCAUUGGGUAACGUAGAGGAUGGGAAAAGAAUUUUGUCAAAUCGUUUGAGAUAUGUUCGUGCUCUUAUUGUUUUAGAUGAUGUAGAUCACAUAGACCAGCUUGAUGCUCUACUGCCAAAUCUCAACAACCUUGGAUCUGAUAGCCUUGUGAUUGUCACAACUAGGGAGCUGGGAGUCCUUGCGUCAUGGGAUAUCUAUUCAAUAUAUAAAAUGCCAGGAUUGAACGACUCGCGAGCAAGGCAGCUUUUCUGUUGGCACGCAUUCUUGCAACCCUCUCCACUCUCUGGAUUUGAAACUUUGGUCGAAAGAUUCUUAAAAGUUUGCAAUGGGUUACCCCUGUCUCUUAAAGUGUUAGGUGGACAGUUACAUGGAAGAGAAGCUAAAGAUUACUGGCGAUCUCAACUAAAUAAAAUAUCAAGAAUAUUGCUUAGCGACAUCAUAAAAAGGCUAAAAGUAAGCUUUGAUGCGCUGGAUAGGGAAGAGCAAGAGAUGUUUUUGGAUGUAGCUUGUUUUCUAAUUGGACAGGCGAAAAGUGUGGCCAUCGCACUGUGGGAUGGCUCCGGUUGGAGUGGUCUGCAUGGUUUGGAAACACUUGUGAAUAAGUGUCUAGUCGAGCUGAUUUACGACAAAGCUAAUCACACAGAGAAAAUAAGGAUGCACGAUCAUCUUCGUGAUAUGGGGAGAGAGAUUGCAACUACACACUCGCCAAACCGUUAUUGGUCUUCACAGCAGAUUCUCAACAUUCACAAACAUUCUGGGGAAAGAAUGCCGAUAAGGGGGAUAAGUUCUGAAACUUUGAAGUCGGAAUUCUUUUUGAAGACGUUCGUGGGAAACUCAAGGAGAGGGUUUAAACGUCUUAGAUCUUCCCUUGCUUCAGAGAUUCUUCUCGUUAGUGGAAAUGAAUUUACAGAAGAAAUUGUAUCAUUAUCACAAGACCUUGUGUGGCUUUGUUGGGAUAGGUUUCCGCACAGGAAUCUUCCUUCAUGGGUCACAUUCACAAGUUUGACUGUAUUGCAGAUUUCUGAUGGAGACAUAGAAGAGCUAUGGGGAGACAAUGUGGACCCUCCUUUGAAGCUUAUAGAGCUGGAUUUUACUUCUAGGUGGAAGCUGCAAAGGUUUCCCACUUCAAUAGGGCGUCUUAAGCAUUUGAAAAGAAUAAUAUUUGACAAUCGAUGGGAUCGAAGAUCUCCCUGUAGCAGUCUACCAGAAGAGUUUUGUGAUCUCCAAUCUCUAGAGCACUUGGUGUUAAAGUCUUUUGAAAGCCUACUUUCACUACCGGCUCGUUUUGGAGAGUUAAAAAAUCUGCGUCAUAUAAAUUUGAGUCGUUGCUCAGAGUUGAAGAAGCUGCCAGUUUCUUUUAAGCAUCUGAUACAUUUGGAGUUUAUGGAUCUGUCAUAUUGCAUAAAGCUCAAGCUUAGGUCAGACAUGCUGGAAAAAAUAACAAAGCUGGAAUAUUUAGACCUCAAUUCUUGCAGGGUACUAGAAGAGUUGCCUUCUCAAAUUACAAAUCAGUUUUCUUUGAAAAGACUCACUGCAAAAGCUACCAGCUUAAGGUGUAUUCCAAAUGACAUUGGUCUACUACGCAAGUUGACUAAACUAUCAAUUGGUAGCAACCUGUUGACCACCUUGCCAACUUCUCUUGGAAACUUAUCCUGCUUGACAAAUCUUUUUAUUUGUUGCCCGCUGUUGACAAGCUUACCAGCUUCUCUUGGAAGCUUGUCCAGCUUGACAUCUUUCCAUAUUUUUGAUGGAAAGAAAUUGGAAGAUAUACCUCACUGGGUCUGGGGCCUUAAACUCUUAGGGAGAGUAACAAUAAAAUGUCCAGGCAUCAGAGAGUUGCCUUUUCGAGCAGGGGAUUUUGCACUUCACAAACUGGAAUCUAUAGAAUUAUCUGAGACAGGUUUGUCCGAAAUAUCCAUAUCUGAAGAUUGUUGUCCGAACCUUAAGGAUCUGACUAUUUCUGACAAUGCCCAAUUGAUGGAGAUCACAUGCUUGCCGACAACAAUUAACACAAUAUCAUUGCGUAACUGUCAUGUGCUGAAGAACAUUAGGUGUAUUGGAGGUGUGGUAAACCUUCGUGAACUGCUUAUGUUUUCCAGAAUAGAAGGUAUCCAACAUUGCAGAUCAUUAAAGAAGUUAAAAGUAAAAACCAGUUGGGAGUUACCAGAAAUUCAGAGUUUGGGGAAGAUGGAUGGAUUGGAAGAAUUGAGUAUCACGUGUCUCAACAUGUCAGCUAUAAAGCCUUUUGUUCAGUCUCUAAAGGAAUGUUCCUGCUGGAUGGAGAUAGAAGGAAGAGUGUCUGGUUUUUUGCAACCAAUUUUGAACUCUUUGGAGUUUCCCGAUCUUAUAGUAAUGGAUUGGGAGAAGGUGUACUUUCCUGAUUUGAACCAGCUAUUAUUGUACUUUCCGAAUUUCUUGUGUUUUCCAAUUCAUUAUAUUCAUGAGGAGGAGAAUUAUUUUGAGGAGGAAGAGGAAGAAGAGGAGGACGGGGAGAAGGAUGAGGAAGUGGAAGAGGAAGAGGAGAAGGAUGAGAACGAGGAAGGUGAUAAAGAAGAUGAAGAAAAGAAGGAAUAUCAUUUUGAAAAGAGCACAUGCGUACAUAUAGCCCUGUUCAGACAAGCUUCAGAAUAUGAGGCUAUUGAGUACUUCGAAUCCAGAUCUGAUCAGUACUUCCAUGAUUAUUAUUUAUCUAAGAGAAAAGCAAUGGUAGUGGCAGGUGAAGAAGCAAAACUUGUUGAGGCUUUCUACAAAAUUUUAUCCUUAGUCUAA